AUGGCCUGUUUGCUUGCUCCCCUUGGACGUGCGGCAAGUGCAGCAGCGUUCGACCGUUUCUCUAGGGGCAAGCGACACCUCCUGGUGGGGGACUUCAAAUCUGCUGUCGCUGCCUUCGAGGAGGCAACAGAGUCCCUGGUGGAGCUGUGUGGGGAGCAGGCGCCCGAGUGUGGUGACGCGUACUGCCGCUGUGGCCGUGCAUUGCUGGAGCUGGCACGCAAGGAGGCAGGGGUGCUGGGGCCAGAUCUGGAUGGUGCCAGAACCAGUGAGUCUGAGACACCCACCAGCAGUGGAAAGGUGGCUGACGAGCGCCUCAAGCACUCUGAAAAGGUGGAGCAACAACAAGAAACAGAAAAUUGCAUCCAUCAUUCUUUGCCUGAGGAGGGAAUUGAUGCUCUCUCAAAUGUGUCUCUGUUUUGA